AUGGCCGGGUACGAGGAGCUCGACCCCCCGGCGCGCCGGCGCCCGGGCGUCGUCCUGGGCCUCGCCGCCCUCCUCGCCCUCGGCACCAUCGCCAUCGGCACGCGCCCGCGCCCCCCGGCCCUCGCCGAGGCCGACGAGGCCUUCAAAACCGAUGUGAUCAAAGUUUGGUACGACAACGGCGACGGCAUCUCAAUGCCUAGGACGACGCUCUUCGCGUUCGUCGCGCCGUUGCUCCCGGAAGGCGCGACGUUCGAGGGAGCGACGUACGACGGCCUCGACGCGCUCGCGGCCGAGCGGCCCUUCGCGCCCGGCGACGUCGUCAUUUUUAGCCUGCGCGCGAACCUCGCGGUGAACGCCGUCCCCGGCGGCGGCGACGUCGACCCGGAUUGCGCGUACGCGUGGUCCGGCGCCGACCCGCUCCUGUCGGCGCCCGCGGUCAUGGCCCUCUUCGAGCAGGACACGCCGCUGACCUUGGUGGAAAUCUCCGACUGGGCCUGCAAAUCGAAUCUCCCGACAUCGAUCCACAACCCCAUCCGCACGAGCUACGGCGACGGCGUCAUGGACCGCGCGCGCCUCGCGCCGUUCGGCGUCGAGUACGCCUUGGCGGACUUCCUGGCGGCCCUGCCGACGGCGGAGCCCGUUUUGGAGCGGACCUUCGCCUUUGGCAUCAAGGGGCACGUCACGUACCGCAAGCCGUCGCGGAGGGAGUUGCAGAAGGUCUUCAACGAGAGCCUCGACGCGCUGUCCGACGCCGUCCGCGGCCGGCCCUACGUCUUCGCGCUCGAGGACAUCCACGAGGACCCCCACUGGACGGACGCGCCGGGCCGCGGCGGCUACGGCGUCGACUACCUCGCCAUGCUCGCGCGGGCCGUCUUCCUGCUCUGCCCCUCGGGCGACUCCUACGUGACGGGCUGCGCGACCGAGGCGCUCGAGAUGGGGGCCAUCCCCAUCAUGGAGAACCCCGCGGCCUUCAAGGGCUGCGCACAUCCCGCGGGCUACUACGAAGCUCUAGGACUGAACCUCACCGUGAAGAACUGGCACGAGCUGCCGGAGCUCCUCGCCUUCCACUUCGACCGCGACGAUUACGAGGACCACGUCGUCGAGCUCCACGACGCGGUCACGGACUGGUGGGCGGCGUGGAAGAAGGACGUCGCGGACGACAUCGUCGCCUUCCGCCGCGAGGUCCGGGCGAACCCGCCGCCGGAGAACGCGUGCGCGCGCGUGGCGCUCUCCGACGACGAGGUCGCGGCGCAGGACGCGGCCUUCGAGGCCUACUACGCGCGGGACCACUGGUUCGACGACUACCACGACUCGCCCUUCGACGGCGGGAACUGGUGUAGCAAGUACGAGAACGGGCCAAGAGGCUGGUCCCGAGGCGCGCCGUGCUUCGACCCCGCCUGCGCGCCGCCGUCCGCGGCGGCCUUCGCCUGCGGCGGCGCGGCGGCGGCGGCGGACGUCGGCGUCGAAAUCCCCGAGGCGACGGACGUCAUCCGCGUCUUCACGACAGGAUUCGAGGGCUGGGCUGGGAUCACGCUCGAAUAUUUCAUCUCGGAGGUUUUGCCCGACGGCGUGGCCUUCGAGUUCGUCGGCUACGACGACCUCGCGAUUCUAGUCGAGGACGCGCCGUUCGCGCCCGGCGACGUCGUCGUCUACGAUCCGACGCAAAACAUCCGCACCCGCGACACGCCCGCGGGCGUCGAGAUCAACCCCAGGUGCGUCUACAACUGGGCCGACAGCGAUCCGCUCCUCCUCGCGCCGGCGUUCAUGUCCCUCCUCGAGCAGCGCGUGCCCCUCACGCUCGUCGAGGGCUUCGAAGACUGGUCCUGCAAGAGCCGGCCGCCCGCGAGCGUCCACAACUACGUGCGCACGUCCUACUCGUCCAACGGCGUCAUGGACCACGCGACGCUGCUCCCCUUUGGACCCGAGUACCACCCCUUGGACGACUUCGUGGCCGCGAGGAAUACGUCGCGCCGCGUGCUCGACCGGCCGCUCGCGUUCGGGCUCCAGAACACGCUCGAGUACCGGAAGCCGUCGCGCGCGGAGCUCGACCGCCUCUACGGCGCGUCGCGGGGCGCGCUCGUGGAUGCCGUCCGCGGCCGGCCCUUCGUGUUCGAGCUCCGCAACCAGUACGACAACGACGACGACGGACGAGACUACGGCGUCGACUACCUCGGCAUGCUCGCGCGGGCCGUCUUCCUGCUCUGCCCCUCGGGCGACUCCUACGUGACGGGCUGCGCGACCGAGGCGCUCGAGAUGGGGGCCAUCCCCAUCAUGGAGAACCCCGUGGCCUUCAAGGGCUGCGAAGAUCCCGCGGGCUACUACGAAGCUCUGGGACUGAACGUCACCGUGAAGAACUGGCACGAGCUGCCGGAGCUCCUCGCCUUCCACUUCGACCGCGACGACUACGAGGACCACAUCGUCGAGCUCCACGACGCGGUCAUGGACUGGUGGGCGGCGUGGAAGAAGGACGUCGCGGACGACAUCGUCGCCUUCCGCCGCGAGGUCCGGGCGAGCCCGCCGCCGGAGAACGCGUGCGCGCGCGUGGCGCUCUCCGACGACGAGGUCGCGGCGCAGGACGCGGCCUUCGAGGCCUACUACGCGCGGGACCACUGGUUCGACGACUACCGCGACUCGCCCUUCGACGGCGGCAGCUGGUGCAGCAAGUACGAGAACGGGCCCGACGGCUGGACCCAAGCGCCGUGCUUCGACGCGGCCUGCGCGCCGGCGUCCGCGUCCGCGUUCGCCUGCGGCGGCGAGGCCGUCGUCGCCGCCAUCCCCGCCGAGGCGCCGGCGACGGACGUCAUCCGCGUCUACCACGCUCUCGAGUACGAGGCGGCGACGACGGUCCUCACGUUCCUCGGGCCGCUCCUGCCCGCGGGCGUCGCCUUCGAGGGCGUGGCCUACGCCGACCUCGACGCGCUCGUGGCCUCGGCCGUCUUCGAGCCGGGCGACGUCGUCAUCUACUCCGUCAUGGCCGAGGUCGCGACGGGCGACGCGCCCGGCGGCGCCGUCGACCCCGGCUGCGCCUACACGUUCGCGGGCGUCGACCGGCUGCUCCUGGCGCCCGCGCUCAUGUCCCUCUUGGAGCAGCCCGUGCCCCUGACGCUCGUCGAGGCCACGGACUGGGCCUGCAAGGUCCGGCUCCCGGCGAGCGUCCACCACUACGCGCGGUCGUCCUACGGCGACAACGGCGCCAUGGACGGCGCGACGCUGCUGCCGUUCGGCAUCGAGUACGGGCCCUUGGCGGACUUCCUGGCGGCCCUGCCGACGGCGAAGCCCGUUUUGGAGCGGACCUUCGCCUUUGGCAUCAAGGGGCACGUCACGUACCGCAAGCCGUCGCGGAGGGAGUUGCAGAAGGUCUUCAACGAGAGCCUCGACGCUCUGUCCGACGCCGUCCGCGGCCGGCCCUACGUCUUCGCGCUCGUGGACAUCCACGCGGACAACGCGUGGCAGAACGCCUUUUUCGCGAACGACGCGAGCGAGGAGGUCGACUACCUGGAGAUGCUCGCCGAUUCGGUCUUCGCGCUCUGUCCGGCCGGCGACACGUACGUGUCCGGGUGCGUCUCGGAAGCGUUGGAGAUGGGGGCCAUCCCCAUCAUGGAGAACCCCGUGGCCUUCAAGGGCUGCGAGGACCCCGCGGGCUUCUACGAGCGGCUGGGCCUGGGCCUGACCGUGAAGAACUGGCACGAGCUGCCGGAGCUGCUCGCGUCCCACUUCGACCGGGACGACUACGAGGACCACGUCGUCGAGCUCCACGGCGCGGUCAUGGACUGGUACCGCGGCUGGAAGCAGGGCGCCGCGGAUUCCAUCGCCGACUUCCGACGCGAGGUCCGGGCGAGCCCGCCGCCGGAGAAUGCGUGCGCGCGCGUGCCGCUCUCCGGCGACGCGGCCGCGGCGCAGGACGCGGCCUUCGCGGCCUACUACGCCCAGGACCACUGGUUCGACAACUACCACGACAGCGUCUGGGACCCGGGCGUCUGGUGCUCCAAGUUCCUCAAAGGCCCGCAGACCCAUGUUUACAUCAUGGGCGCGGGCUGCUUCGACAGCGCGUGCGUCCUGGCGUCCGCGGCGGCGUUCGCGUGUUGA